UUGAUUUCGGAGGAACUCACAGUCAGUUUCUCAUCUCUGACUCGCUUGCUGCUGAGGAUGGAUGCUCGGAUCCUCAUGCUGCACGUCCUGACGCUCUGCUGUCUCAUCCAUGCCUCUCUGCAGGGGAUGUAUCAGCGGCGCCUUUACAAGGAGCUGAUGAAGAACUACAACCCGUUAGAACGACCAGUCAACAAUGACUCCCACAGCCUCACAGUCCAGUUCAGCUUCAGCCUGCUGCAGAUCAUGGACGUGGAUGAGAAGAAUCAAGUACUUACCACUAACAUCUGGCUCCAGUUGUAUUGGACAGAUUUCUACCUACAGUGGAACACAUCUGACUAUCCAGGUGUAACCAAUGUGCGGUUCCCUGACAGUCAGAUCUGGAGGCCUGACAUCCUGCUUUACAACAGUGCUGAUGAAAGGUUCGAUGCCUCAUUCCAUACCAACAUCCUUGUUAACGCCACUGGCUACUGCCAGUACCUGCCACCAGGAAUAUUCAAGAGCACCUGCUAUAUUGACGUCCGCUGGUUUCCAUUUGAUGUGCAGCGCUGUGAUCUGAAGUUUGGCUCGUGGACAUACGGAGGAUGGUCGCUGGAUCUGCAAAUGAUUGAGGCUGAUGUCACAGGAUACAUUGCCAAUGGAGAAUGGGACCUCGUGGAGGUUCCUGGAAGAAGGAAUGAGCGCUUCUACGACUGCUGUAAGGAGCCGUACCCUGACGUGACCUUCACUGUGGUGAUGCGGAGGAGGACACUCUACUACGGACUCAACCUCCUGAUUCCCUGUGUCCUCAUCUCCACCCUUGCUCUCCUUGUCUUCCUGUUGCCCGCUGACUCCGGAGAAAAGAUCUCCCUGGGCAUUACAGUGUUGCUCUCUCUGACAGUCUUCAUGCUGCUGGUAGCUGAGAUUAUGCCUGCGACCUCAGACUCUGUUCCUCUUAUAGCACAGUACUUUGCUACCACCAUGGUGAUUGUGGGUCUGUCGGUCAUUGCUACAGUUCUGGUUCUGCAGUAUCAUCACCACGACCCUGACGGAGGAAACAUGCCACAAUGGAUCCGUGUGAUUCUGUUGAACUGGUGCGCCUGGUUCCUGCGGAUGCGGUGUCCUGGCAAAGCAAAGGUUCAUUUGGCGUGUCACAAUGCCUCCAAACAUCAGCGUGGCAGCCUGUCCAGCCUGGAGCUCAGUGUCAGUCAGGGUUCGCUGCGUCAUCACCCACAGGUAACCAGCGGAAACCUCCUCUACGUCGGCUUCCGGGGCGUGGAGGGACUGCACUAUGGCUCUCCUUCUGAACCAGAGCUCCUUUGCUCACGGCUCUUGGGAGGCGGCGUUGGCAGCGAAGAGGACAUGGUGAGAACGGGAGGCGGAGCUGGAGGAAGAGUAGGGGGGGCGGCUGGGGGCUCAACACUUGAGGCAGAGUUGAGCCAGAUCCUUGAGGAGGUGAGAUACAUUGCAAGGCGUUUCCGGAACCAGGAUGAGGAGGAGACGGUCUGCAGCGAGUGGAAGUUUGCGGCAGCAGUGAUUGACCGGCUCUGUCUGGUGGCAUUCUCCCUCUUCACUAUCCUCUGCACCAUCGGCAUCCUGAUGUCCGCUCCCAACUUUGUAGAGGCCAUUUCAAAAGACUUCUUUAGCUGAGCGUAAAGAGAAGAAGUGACUGGUGACCGAUGCACAUGCUGUCUAUAUAUUUUUGUUAUUGUCAAGAAGUCUCCCCGUUAUAGUCAACAAUGAUUCUGUUCCUAAUCUCUCUGAGGCUCUUGACACACAAGUACAGUAGUUUAAGUAAGUUUUAGUCUGAGUCAUAAUGGAUUCCAAUGACCAUGUGUUGAUAGCUGGUUAAGCUAUUAAUCUCUGGAUCCAUUCAGACCUUGCAUUAACAUCCAUCCUGGGCAAUCCAAUUGCAAGUGGCAAGCACAGGGGUCAAUGCAACCAGGAUGCAUUGUGCUUGCAUUUGACUGAUCUGAUCUGAUCAGAUCUGGGCCCUGGGGUAUUUUGCCACAUUCAUUCAGAAAAAAACACAAAAUCACUAUCAUAAAUGAUCACCAGAAAAGGUAAAAGCACUGUGACGGAUGUCGGUUAUUAGCAAUGAUGAGCCUAAUAAGGAUAAUGAGCCUUAUAAAAUAUUUUGUAAUUAUAGCAGUUAAUUACCUAAAUGGUAAGUACAUCUAAACAAGAAUUAACGAGAGUAUACUGAGUGUGGUGUAACUAUUUAUCAUGUUGAUGUAUCAGAAGUCUCUCUUACGCCCGUUCCCACAGUCACCAGUGUCUAUAUUUAACUUCUUUACCAGACUACAGUGCAUGUUGAAACAUCCAGGAUUUAGUUAGAAUCAGAGCUUUGUGCAAGUCUUGAAAUAACUAACGUCAUUACACAGAUAAUGAAUAAUAACUAACUAACAAAACUAAGCUCAGUUCUCAAGUGUUGGCUGGGGCACUGGUACUUAAAGGCUAGCUACUUGUCAUUGGAUUGUUAGGUGUUAAUGUGAGAUCUGAACAGGUGCUUAUGUCACAUACACGGCCACAAAGUUCCAGACCAUGUACCUUUUGCAGUGAUUCAGUUAUGUUAGGCUAGCUAUUGUUCUCCGUGAUGAAGACUUUCUUAUUCUUUAAACACAGCCAAAAAGGCAGACAUACAAACAGGGGUUCAAAUUUAAAUCUGGUCCGAAGAAUCUUGAUCUGUUCCAAACAAUCUAUGGUAUUGCACCCAAUCAACAAACACUUGUUUUUGUGACUGUAGAGCUCUGUGAAUUUAAAAGCUGAACCACUAAAACAUCAGCUGUUUGUGACCUAUUCUGUGGACUAAUAGGUACUCACGUAUACUUUUGCGUAUACUUACUGUAUGCCUCAGCAGUUUAAACUGUUGUCUGCUGUGUUUAUACUGUCUGUACUAGGUAUUGCUGUUUGUGAUGCCCUUCUGGGCUCUCUCUUUCUCUGGGCCUGCUCUCAUACCUACCUCCCUUUACUGCUUGUUUUGCUGCCCAUACAAUGAUACACAAUGCAGUUAAAUAAACUACUUUUUGUAUUCUAA